UCACACAGAGAGAAGAAAAAUAAAGAAGAGAGAAAUAUUGUUAUCUUGUAAUCUCUCAAAUGGGUAGAGAAGAAAAGAAAAUGGAUAUCGAUCUUUCCCUGAAAAUAGACACUGAAGAUAAAGAAGAAGGAGAGGAAGAAGAAGUUCAAGAAGUUCGAGAAGUUGAAGAGAAUGGUGAAGAAAAGAAGGUAGCAGAUUUGCAAGAAACAAAUGAUAAUGAAGCAACAGCAACAACAGGUACAGGUGGAGAAGUAGUAGAUGAUUCUUCUGUAGAAUUAUCCUUGCAAGAUAACACUAAAGCAGAAGAGUUAUCUGUUCUGAAAGUGGAGAUGAAUAGAAUGAAAGAAGAGAACAAAGUCUUGAGAAGAGUACUAGAACAAACCAUGAAAGAUUACUAUGAUCUUCAAAUGAAAUUUGCAGUUAUUCAGCAGAAUACCCAGAAGGAUCCACAUAUCUUUCUCCCACUUAAAGAUAGUGACAAGAAAGCUCUUCAAGAACCAAAGGGAUCAGUUCCAAAAUUUUUGGAUGCUAAUAAUCAAAGAAGUUUAUCACCUUUAUUACCAAAGGAUAAUGAUAGGAUUAUAGGAGAAAAAGAAUUAAACCUGUCAUUAAGGCUGCAAACUGAUCACUCAGAUCAUCAUCUUCAAGAAAGAGAGGAAGAUUAUAAAGAAGAGAAUAAGGAAGAAAAUGGAAACUAUUCUUGGGUGCAAAAUGAUAAUAAUAAUAAGCUUCAAAGAACUGAUCAUCACUUGGCUGGAAUCACUACUCAUGCUGCUUCUCUACCCAACAGAAAAGCUAGGGUUUCCGUCAGAGCUAGAUGCCAAGCAGCAACUAUGAAUGAUGGCUGUCAGUGGAGAAAAUAUGGGCAGAAAAUUGCGAAGGGCAAUCCUUGCCCUCGAGCCUACUAUCGUUGCACAGUAGCUCCAGGAUGCCCAGUCAGGAAACAGGUGCAAAGAUGCCUAGAGGACAUGUCAAUACUCAUAACAACUUAUGAAGGAAACCAUAAUCACCCACUUCCUGUGGGUGCAACAGCUAUGGCAUCAACUGCUUCAGCAGCUGCUUCCUUCAUGUUAAUGGAAUCUAGCAAUCCUUUCUCUGAUGGGAUUCCUAAUUUCACCCAAUCAUCAUCACUCCCAUAUCGCGGGGGCGGCAUGGGCCCCCACAUGUUUUACCCUCAUUCAACACCUUUCAGAAGCAUAAACCCUAAUGAUCCUUCUAAAGGAAUUGUUCUUGAUCUUACAAACGAUACUACUCAUCAUGAUCAUCCUCCAGAAAAAUUCCCAUUACCCAUCUCAUCAUCAUCAUCAUCAUCAUCAUCACCAGCGCUACCCUUAUUUUCUUGGAUGCAAAACAAGUCAUCAUCAAGUCACCAAAAUAAUGGGAAUAAUAAUGCUAGUAGUACUGUUGCUAGUACUCACUUUACUAGGCUUAGAGUGGAUGAAAGGGGAUGGAAUAAAGGUGAAGAUGAAGACAAAUCACUAGCUGAAAAUGUUACAGCUAUUGCAUCUGAUCCAAAGUUUAGGGUUGCUGUUGCUGCUGCUAUCACUUCUCUCAUCAAUAAAGAAAAGGGUGCCCCUCAAGCUAUGGGGUCUUCAUUGGUUCCUAGUAAGGAGGGGGAAGGUGGUAACUCUGGUAGCAAGAAUUGGAUUCUUGAAUCUCUCUCUGCUGCAAGUGGUAAGCCAAUCAGAAAUUCAUCACCUUGAAAAAAAUCUGCACAAGAUCAAUAAUUAUUCAAAAACAUCAAUUAGGAUAUACACAAAUUAUGUAAUAUUAACCUUGUUUAGAUUUUGUUAUUGUGUUCUUCCCAAUAAAACUCAUACAGGAUUGAUCAA